CGCCCCCCGCUCCUCCCCUUUCUUCCUCCUCUUCUUUCUAGGGUUUCUUUCUCUCUUGUCUUCUCCCGCCACCACCAACACCUCCAUCUCCUCCUCCUCUUCAGGCCUAAAACUCUCCCCUUCCUACUUCCAGAGUUGCACACACUUGCUCACCUCUCUUUUGGUAUCACAUGCGUGUCUGUGGAUGUCCAUUGAACUUUAUGCUCAACUUUCACUCAUUCCAGCCCUAAUUAUUGCACCCCAGGGAAGGAACUCAUUCUUUUUUUAAUCAGGGUUUUUUUUGUUUGAAUUGAAUUUUGUCGGGAUUUAAGCAGCAGAGACAAUGCAGGUUAAAGAAUUGAAAGAAACUGAGAAUUCUGUGGAAAACCCUGGUGAAAAGUCUGUUGAAGUUGCUGAGAAGAAGCCUUCAGAUGAGAAAUCAGUCGAAGAGCGCGAUGAUUUUGAUUCGAUUCUUGAUGUUUCGGCAAAAAGUUUUGAUUUUCCUGUUUUGGAAGGGGCCGAGAAGUCUGUAGAGGUUCUGUAUUUGUACAAGAAUGUUUUUAAUUUGAUUCCCAGAGGAGUGGGGAGCUUAAAGUAUUUGAGAACUUUGAAGUUUUUCGCGAAUGAGUUGAAUUUGUUUCCUGGGGAGUUUAAUGAUUUGGGUGGGUUGGAGUGCUUGCAAGUGAAGGUGGCCCAGGCGCCCGGGUUAGGUGGGUUGGACUUGGGGAAGUUGAAGGCUUUGAAAGAAUUGGAGCUGAGUAGAGUGCCUUUGAGGCCAUCUGCAUUUCCUGUUUUGAGUGAACUUGCUGGAUUAAAGUGCUUGACUAAGCUCUCUGUUUGCCAUUUUUCCAUUAGAUUCCUCCCUCCAGAAAUUGGACGCCUUAAUAGAUUGGAGUACUUGGACCUUUCAUUCAAUAAGAUGAAGAAGUUACCGACUGAGAUAACUUUCUUAAACUCCUUAGUAUCUCUGAAAGUUGCCAACAAUAAAUUGGUUGAGCUACCUUCCGGUCUGUCUUCUUUACAAAAGCUGGAGAAUUUGGAUCUCUCAAACAAUAGGUUGACAUCCUUUGGGUGUCUGGAACUCGAAUCAAUGCAUAACCUUCAGAGAUUAGAUCUUCAGCACAAUAAGCUUCUUAGUUGCUGUCAAAUACCUUCGUGGAUAUGCUGCAAUUUGGAGGGAAAUGGCAAUGAUUUGUCAAAUGAUGAAUUCAUCAGUUCUGCUGCAGAAAUGGAUGGUGUAGAAUGCGUAGUUGAGGAACCCUGUGAUAGUGGAGGCUCUUCUACAACAUCAUUGAAUCAUUCAAGUGGGUCAUCACCUAAUAAUAAAUGUUUUGCUGCACGCAAAUCAAAAGGAUGGAAAAGACGGUAUUCCUUGCAGCAAAGAGCUCGCCAGGAAAGAUUAAAUAACAGUCGGAAGUGGAAGGGUCAAAAUAUUGCUGCAAUCCAUAAAACUACUGAAAAAUGUUUGACAUGCAGAGACUCCGAUCUUGUGGAUGAUUCGUUUGUUGAAAGUUCAUACACCACUGUAGUUUCUGAUUUUGAUAACAAGGAAUUGUUUUCUGGUAGUGUUGACUCGGGGAGAUCAAUCGAAAAUGUUGACAAUGAAAUUGUUUUGAAGAAGGAUUAUUGUGAGAAGAAAUGUUCAUGUGAUGCGCUUGAAUCGUUUCAAAGUGCCUGUACCAAGCAUGAAACAGCCUCUCUAUCAGAUGCUAGUAGUAUGCCAGACGACUGCUUGUAUCCUGAAGCAUCUAGUAGUAUUUGCAAGUCUAAAAGGCAUUCUGAUGCUGAGCUUGAUAGCCCCAAACCGAGGAAAUAUAGGAGACCUACUGGCAAUCAUUCGGACGCCUCGUCCCAAUAUAGCAGGAUAUCAUUCUGUGGGGUUGAUGACUAUUUAUCGGAUGGAUUUUAUGAUGCAGGACGAGAUCGAACUUUUAUGCCCCUAUCUGUUUAUGAGAAAAAUCUGCAGCUUGACUCUCGAGAAGUUAUUCUUGUUGAUCGGGAGAGGGAUGAAAAACUUGAUGUUAUUGUGCUCUGUGCUCAAGCGCUUGUGUCACGUUUUAGGCAGAUUAAUGGUUUAAUGAAGGAAAGGGGACGUGGAGCUAUUGAUUCCUUGCAGAUUGCAUCUUUGCUUGCCUUUUUUGUUUCGGACCAUUUUGGUGGAAGUGACAAAAGUGCAGCCCUUCAAAACACCAGGAAAGCAGUUUCUGGUUCAAAUUAUAGGAAGCCUUUUGUUUGCACAUGCCCUACUGGGAAUGAUGACAGAACUAAAAGAACCACAAAAGAUAGUCUGGAUGGUGAAGAUAUUGUUUUCCUUGAUCUAUGUGAGAGAGCUCUUCAAUCUUUAAAGGCAAGACGAAAUUCUGUAGUUGUUCCUAUUGGUAGCCUGCAGUUUGGUGUAUGCAGACAUAGAGCUCUGCUUAUGAAGUACCUCUGUGACAGGGUAGAACCUCCAAUACCUUGCGAACUUGUUCGUGGUUUCUUGGAUUUUUCACCUCAUGCUUGGAAUGUAAUAGCUGUUAAGAGGGGUCAGUUUUGGGUUCGCAUGAUUGUUGAUGCUUGCCAUCCACAUGAUAUAAGAGAAGAAACAGACCCUGAGUAUUUUUGCAGGUAUGUUCCUCUGAGUAGGAUGACUGUAUCUGCUCGGAGAGAUGAUAAGUCUAGUAUGUACUGUUCGUUUCCUUCUCUCUCUGCAUGUGAUCAAACUGGAAAAACAGCAUCUACCACCCUCCUGGAGUGCAAAGUUGGAUCAGUUGAGGCAGCAGCAAAGGUGCGCAAAUUAGAAGUAUGUGGACAGUUAGCAGAUGAGAUUAGGAGUUUUGAAUUAAAUUGUUUAGGGGAAGCCAGAAUGUUGGGUUCUUUGAAGCAUUCGUGUAUCAUUAAAUACUAUGGUCAUCAAAUAUCAUCCAAGUGGUCCUCUUCGUCUGAUGGAAAAUCAGAUAUUCGUAUCUUGCAAUCCGCCAUAUUAAUGGAGUACAUCAAGGGGGGUUCCCUAAAGCUUUAUCUAGAGAAACUGGCAAGAGAUGGUGACAAGCAUGUUCCUGUUGUGUUGGCACUGUUUAUUGCAAGAGAUGUUGCAUGUGCGUUGGCAGAGCUGCAUUCCAGACACAUUAUUCAUCGCGACAUAAAAAGCGAAAACAUUUUGAUUGAUUUGGAGGAGAAGAGGGAUGAUGGUUCACCUAUUGUAAAGCUUUGUGACUUUGACAGGGCAAUCCCUCUUCGUUCAAGCUUGCAUUCAUGUUGUAUUGCUCAUACUGGGAUCCCUUCACCUGAUACUUGUGUAGGCACCCCUCGUUGGAUGGCUCCUGAGGUGUUUAGGACAAUGAAUAGACGUGACAUGUAUGGGCUGGAAGUGGAUAUUUGGUCAUUUGGGUGUCUACUUGCAGAAUUAUUGACGUUGCAAAUCCCUUACUCAGAUUUACCUGAAACAGAUAUUCACAGUUAUCUUGAGGUCGGAAAACGACCGCGCCUAACCGAAGAGCUGGAGGAAUUGACUGACUCUGGCCAGGAGUGGGAGGAUGUAGUAAUGGCUCAACUAGAGUCAGAGCCCGAGGGAUCAGAGAAUGAAUCAAGAGUACUAAAGAUUCUUGUUGCUUUGUACUAUUGGUGUACAGAGAGUGAUGUAAAAGACCGUCCAAGUGCAAAGAAACUUUACAAUUUGCUUGCACAUGCAAGCCUGACUUUUGGAUUGAAAAGCCUAGAAGAGCAAGAAUAGGUGUCGAUAGGUGUCGAUCAGGCAGUAAUUUAUUCUUGACCCAGAUUUUUGUAGCCUUAGGAAGUUGGGGAAUAGAAUUAGAUUUUAGUAGCAAUUGGUCCACUGGGACCAAGCAUACAGGGGUUACGCCUUAGAAGAGUAACAUUUCAUUUUCCAGCAUAGCCGUAGUAUGAUACAUGGUAGCUUUUAGAUGAUAGAGCAUCACGAUCAGACGACCCCCCCGGCUCUUAUAGGUAGAUUGUUUUCAUCAGAGGUUAGUUUGCCUUUGUAAUUCGUGCUCUGGUUCUGUAAGCUCUUUAUCAUUGUAUUCAUUUUCACUUCAGCCACAAUGUGGAGUCAUUUAUGCUGCUUAUGUAGUCUCCAUCACAGUGCCAAGAUGUUUGUCUGGGAAAUUCAUCAAUCUAAGUCUGAUUAUUGGCUUGAAGCUUGAAAUUGAAAAUUA